GAAGAGAAGAGAAGAGGAUAAAAUAGAAUAGGAAUACAAGUGGGAGCACUCACUAUAUAAUGAAUCUCCGAUUCCCCUGUUCUUUCGAUUACCUUCGGUUGACUCUCUGUUUUUAGAGAUUGGAAUUCUUCGUUUCUUCGCCUAAGUCUCUUCCCCAAUCCUCCAAUUCCACCACCUUCUUCACCACCCACUUCAAUAAUCUCCCUCAAAUGACUCGCGGAAACCAGAGGGAGAAAGACCGAGAAAGGGCUCAGGCUCGCAACGGUGGCAAGGGAAAAAACAAAGACGAUGGUUUGACUCCCGAGCAGCGCCGUGAAAGAGAUGCUAAGGCGCUACAAGAAAAAACCGCGAAGAAGGCGGCUCAGGCGGGAUCGGGAGGUAAUUCAUCCGGAGGUAAACCGAGCACUAAGAAGUAAAAUGGUCCUGGGUUUAGAAUCAUGAAUUAUGUUGAUUUUUCCUAGCUUUGUUCUUGUCGGAACGCUGAGAUCUCGUGGUUCUUAGACUGUUUGAUAUUGGAGGAAUAACCUUCAUAUGUUUCAGUAAUGUGAAUUGAUAUAUGUAUUAUGCUGUCAACGUUCAUUGUUGAUUAUUGUUUGUCAUCAUCUUUGUACUCUUGAUCUCUUCUUCUGUCGAGGUAACUAUGCUGUUAAUUGCGGAUUUUGUUGAGAUUGGAUCCUACUGUAAAAUUAUUGUUCAUCUGUUAUGAUAUCUCACUGGUUCCUAUGCCAUUAUUAA